AUGAAGUACACCACCGCCACCCUCGCUGUCCUCGCCGGUCUCGCCUCCGCCCACGACAACCCUUUCGGUGAUUCUAUCCCCCAUUGCGCUGUUGACUGCAUCACCGCCGGUAUCGCUAGCAUCGGCUGCGAUAUCUCUGAUACCGCCUGCGCUUGCACCGAAGCCAACCUCGCUAAGCUCGGCACUGAUGCCACCCUUAUUACGUGCCUAACUACCUCUUGCACUGACCCCGCCGAGCUUGCCGCCGCCGCCCAGGCCGGAACCGCGCUCUGUGCUGGUGGCAGCCCCUCGGGCUCUGACAGUGCCAGUGCCACUCCCACCGACGACGAUACCAAGCCAAGCGACACCUCAUCCUCCACUCCCUCUGGCGGCUCGGGCUCCAACACCACCGUCACUAACACCGGCUCCGGUCCUUCUCCUACUGGCUCAGGCUCAGGCUCUGGUUCCGGCUCUGGUUCCGGCUCGGGCUCGGGCUCGGGCUCUGGCUCCGAUUCUGGCUCUGGUUCCGAUUCCGACUCAAACAACGAUGCUGGCUCUGGUGCUUCCAUCAACGCCAUCUUCGGCGGUGCUGCCUUCCUCGCUGCCUUCUUCGCUCUCUAA